AUUUUUGUUUAUUACUGUGUGGUCACAGUAUAAAUCGUAUAAAUAAUGCUAUACAGACGAAAGUCUGAUGCUUUAAUUCAUUUAGAACGUGGAUGCCUAGAAACCCUACAAAUUGAAGUAGUCUGGUCGGGUAGACUUCAAAUUUGCCAUUUCUUUGGUAGCAGUCUCGCAGUUACGGAAUUGAAAACGAGAGCUUGAAUUUCGUUAUGCCGCUACCAGUGCAGGGAAAGCAGGUAGUUCUUUUCCAAAGUUCAGUGGAGCCAAUGCAAGUAGAUGCUCCUCCAGAAGAUAAUGACAACAAUGAAGAAGAACCAUAUAUUGUUGAAAAUCCUAGUUUGGAUCUAGAAGCAUAUGGAAACAGCUACAUAGGAUUGGCACGACUCUACAGACUGAUGUACAUUGCAGAUCACUGCCCUACGCUACGGAUAGAAGCUCUCAAGAUGGCUAUAAGCUAUGUUAUGUGCACGUACAAUGUAGCACUCUAUCAACAGUUACACAGAAAACUACAAGAGGCAGUUGGAGUUUCCAACUUGCCUGAUGUAGCGGGUGGUGGGGGAAGUGGUAGCAGCAGUGGUGUUCAGUCCACGUCACAGGACAUCCCCACCCUUGACUUGCUCUGGGUUGAGUCCAAAUCUAAAAAGGCAGCACUAAAGCUGGAGAAACUGGACACAGAUCUGAAAAACUACAAGUCAAAUUCAAUCAAGGAGAGCAUCCGGCGAGGGCAUGACGAUUUGGGUGAUCAUUACCUUGACUGUGGUGAUUUAUCCAAUGCCCUUAAAUGUUAUUCACGUGCUCGUGACUAUUGUACUAGUGGCAAACAUGUAGUUAACAUGUGCCUUAAUGUCAUCAAGGUUAGUGUAUAUUUGCAGAACUGGUCACAUGUUCUGAGUUACGUCAGUAAAGCAGAAGCAACUCCAGAUUUCUCCGAGGUACAUGGUAAAGAUAGCAACCAAACAAUCCAGACUAGACUUAAAUGUGCGGCUGGCUUGGCAGAAUUGGCUACCAAGAAAUAUAAGUCGGCAGCAAAACACUUUCUGGUAGGAAACUUUGACCACUGUGAUUUCCCUGAGCUGUUGUCACCUAGCAAUGUCGCUAUGUAUGGUGGCCUCUGUGCCCUAGCAACGUUCGACCGUCACGAACUUCAGAAGAAUGUAAUUUUUAGUAGUUCUUUCAAAUUGUUCCUGGAAUUGGAACCACAGCUCAGGGAUAUUAUAUUUAAAUUCUAUGAGUCUAAAUAUGCAUCCUGUCUUAAGCUCCUGGAUGAAAUAAAGGAUAAUCUCUUGCUAGACAUGUACAUAGCACCGCACGUGAACGCGUUGUACACUCAGAUCCGGAACCGUGCCCUCAUCCAGUACUUCAGUCCAUACCUGUCAGCAGACAUGAGGAAGAUGGCAGCCGCAUUCAACACAACAGUCCUGGCGCUUGAGGACGAACUCAUGCAGUUGAUCUUAGAUGGACAGAUCCAAGCUCGCAUCGAUUCACACAAUAAGAUACUGUAUGCAAAAGAAGUUGACCAGAGGAGCACAACAUUUGAAAAGUCACUGGCAGUAGGUAAAGAGUAUCAACGGCGGACACGGAUGCUCAUCCUCAGGGCUGCUAUGCUCAAGCACCAAAUCCACGUCAAGAGUCCACAGAGAGACAGUGGGCAGGGCGGAGAGAUGUCGGUAGCUCCUGGAAAUAGCACCCUAGCCACACCCAGAAAUUGAACAGUGUUUACCCACACUGGGGGAUGAUGUAUGGCCUAUUGCAGAGUGAUAAAUUGGAGAGAACAAGAGGAAUUGUGUGACAAGUUUACAAUCCAAUAAUGAUCAUCACUGGCCCAUGGUGAAAAGAAUUCAGGGUGAAAAAUUGAAUAUAUCGCAGUGUACAUUGAGGCCCAAGCAGUUGCAGCUGGUGAUUUUGGAUACAUCCAGACUUGUGAAGUGCAAGUGAACAACUGCAGUGAUCCUUGGCAGAAACAUGGAGGCUUCAGCGUACCAGCAGUAUGUUUGAUGGUCAUCAUUGCCCCCAUUAAUUCCUCUGUCAGUACGUGCUUGAUCGAAGUAGACUGUAUACAGCUCCAAUUUACAGUUGAACCAAGAUGUUGCUUUUUGCAAUAUGUUAAUUUCACAGCAGUUUUUUCUCUUAAACUGACACAUAUAUUGGACGUUUGUCUUUCUCUCCUUUCUGGUUAAACAUUCCAGAAGCUGUCAUAUUACUUUCAAGUAAAAGUAUGGAACCUACUCUGUUGGGUCCAGUAGAUGAAACCAGUCUCUAUCCCUGGACAGUCUAGAGAUAGACAACAAAUGUUUCUAAUCUAAUGAGUACAGUACAGUAGAUUUCUCACUUUUGCCUGGUAAAGGAAGCAGAGACAGUUUUAAAAAUGGUAUGUUACUUUAACCAAAGCAGGAGAAUAGAAAAUGUUCAAUGUAUAUGUCAUUUAAAUGACACCUUUUAAACCUAAAUGUUUGUGUUCAUGAACACUGAAGCCAGUUUGUAGCCUUUGAAGUGAAUCAUACUAAAUCCUCCAUCUUUUUUUUGCAAGCAAUAUUAAACCAUGGUGAUUUGGUUCAAUACUGAGGCCAUGUUUAAUUUACUGUCAUCAUUCAUUCAAAUGCUUUGGCAUGAAAGUGCUGUGUAAAUUCCUAACAUAUUUGCAGAUGUGAUUGGAAGCAUCUUAUGUUUCAUUUCUAAAGGCAAAACUUGCACGCUUCCAAUCUUGUGUGCUUUUUUCUUAACUUUGUCUAAUUUAACAUCACUUUUAUUGUAUUAUGAGUUUUCAAACUUGCUGGAAAGUUGCUCUGUAAGUUGCAUUCAUUAUAAUUAAAUGACAGUUCAUUGAAAA